CGUUCCCCCGUGAGAGGUGAUGUCACGAGCGCUGCCCGUGUACGUUCCAGCUGACUCUUGCUACGAUACCGAGCGCUCGCUUUACCGAGUGCCCGAAGAAAGAAAGAGAGAGAGAAAGAGAGAGGUUGCGGAGGUUAGCUACAAAAAUAACGAGAAAGAGAGAGAGCAACAAAGAGGGCAGAGGAAUAAUAACAGCCAUCAGUCUUAACCGUCAUAGCUCACGUUUAAUUGUUUAUUAUAUUCUGAAGAGGGGAACCAUCUUUUUAUUUGCACACGGAGUUUUUCCAGCACUCUCGAUUCGAUUUAGUCUGAUAUUAUAGUUUACUCGCAGUUUCCUUUCGACUGUGUGGGAUUGAAUUGUAUCUCUGCCUCCAUGGACGCCCGUUUAAUUCAACUCAUUCGGUUUUUCGGGGAAUAUUUCUGUCCUGGGCGCGAGGAGCACCAGUCAAAUGCGAUGACAAACGUCAACAAAUGAGCAGCGAUCCCACGGAAGGUUUACUGAACGCGAAACAACUAUCACUAUAUUAUUUAAAAGGAGUCAGUGCGCUUGAAGAGGAUGAAGUACAUCUCCGGCAUCUUUCUCACUUGAGCGGACCGUACGGGACGUCAAUUCACUUCAGUUUUCUAAUGGGAACGCGUUGGGACUUUGAAUGCGAAUUUUAAACGCUCAUAAACUUCCAUAUACUAUAUAUCACGACGCGAAGCGUUCGUUCAACUGCCAAACUCAGUUUUUAGUGCAUUUCUACUUUUGAUUGAAACAACUGAUUCAGUCAACCAGCCCAACUUGUCCAGUCAGUGAUCUGAAAAGUUAUUAACUGGUUGAACCUGGACAAGGUGUUACACCGAGGAAUGUCCAGGCCAAUUUCUCAGCUAUUGCCACCUGACCUUCCAGCAGGGACCAGUCCACAGCUCGGUCCUGCUAACCCUGCAGGUACCACCACCAAUGGCCACCUGAAUAAUUCCAUGGCCAGUCUGAAAUCCCUUCUUCAGCUGCCUAUCAAAGGGGACCAGAGAGGGAAAGACUGCUGUGAGAUGAAAGAUAAAGACAAACCUCUGGACUCUGAUGAGGAUUCGUUGGGUGCAGUUGGGGGCAUGAACGGUGGGAACGGCACCCUGCGUUCCACUAACCAGUCUGCCUUCCUCGGACCAUUGCUAUGGGAGCGCACGUUACCGUGCGAUGGCGGCCUGUUCCAGCUACAGUACAUGGACCUGGAGGAGUUCUUGACGGAGAACGGUAUGGGGUGCAUGCCGUCGGGAAACACCUGCAGUACGGCCGCUCAGGUCCCUUCUCAGAGCACACAAUCGGCCGUACCCAGCCAGAGCUCCCAGUGCCCACCUUCUUCGUCUCCACCCUGUUCUUCCUCUGCCUCCUCCAUCUCUUCCCUCUCCUCAUCGUCUUCAUCAUCCUCUUUACUGGGUCUGGACGUGCCGCAGGGCCCUGGACUGCUGGGAGGUCCGGAGUGUCUGCAUGAAAGAGAGAGAGGGAGGACCGCUGGAGAUGGAGCUCAAACUGUACCACCUGACCCUUCUCCGAGCCCCUCAUGCCCACCUCCGCCGGUGGUGCCACCCACUAAUGCGGCUGAUGUCAUGGUGAACUUUGAUCCCGACCCCGCUGACCUCGCCCUGUCCAGUGUGCCAGGUCAGGAGGCGUUUGACCCGCGCAGGCAUCGCUUCACAGAGGAGGAGCUGAAGCCUCAGCCCAUGAUCAAGAAGGCCCGCAAGAUGCUGGUGCCAGAUGAACAGAAGGAUGACAAGUACUGGAACCGGCGCUAUAAGAACAAUGAAGCAGCUAAACGUUCUCGUGACGCCCGCCGGUUGAAGGAGAACCAGAUUUCAGUUCGAGCAGCAUUCCUGGAACGGGAGAACGCUGCCCUUCGACAAGAGGUCGCCGAUAUGCGAAAAGAGCUUGGCCGCUGUCGCAACAUCAUCAACAAAUACGAGAGCCGCCAUGGAGACUUAUGAAAAGGAGAAAGGAAGAAUGGAAGGAAGAGAAAGACAAUUACUGCUUUUGAAAUAGCGUUUCAAGGGCUGUUCAACUCAUCCUGGAAUGGCAUUUUCUCAUAGCGAUUGCUUCAAAUAAGCACUUCGAUACUGUUGACAAAUUUCUUUUCGUACAUGCAGGGAUCGGUUGAGUUCGCUGGGGUGGUGCUUAAUUGAAUCAAAUACUUGAAAAUUGUGGUUCAAAGUUGAACAGCCCCAGCACGAGGGAUGUGCACAAGGUCUACAUGUAAGCACAAGCGUAUUUCAUAAGCAUCGGCUCUUCUCCCACGAUACCACCCCAAACCUUGACUGUGGAUGUGCAAUCCAAUCUCUCAUAAAUACUCACGGAUCAUAAAGGCAGAUAAUUUAUAAUGUCAUGUAGCCCUUGUGAACAUCCUCUUUUAUACAGGAUGAUUUUCUCAGAGAGAGAAUUAUGCAGGAGGUGGUAGAUACGUCAUUUUUUCUAUGACAAAAAAACACAUUGUAUAUUUUUGAACUGUUAGGGUCAGCUAUAAUAGAGUAGAUGAAGAGGCGGAGGUGGGAACGCGGAUAGCAGCGAGAGCGAGAAAGAUUUUGACAUAGGAAAACUGUAUAUUUUUAUACUUGCAGAAGCAGGCAGGCGAUGAGAUUUUGGAAAUAAUCUUUUUGUAUAUUUUAUAUAUGGGUGGGAGGGUUUGGGUUAGCUGGACUGAAAGAGGGCUAUAUGAAGAAAAAGUCAGGAUCGUUAUCAUUAAAUGAUAUAUUUUCAACAUCAGGAACAGCCAGGCAGGUCAGGAAGAACAAGACUUAAGGGACGAACGUCAGUGAGAGUAACAGAAAGAAACAGAAAAAUAGUGAACAUGAAAACUGUAUAGUUUCAUUUUUUUUCAUCAUGGGUUUGUUCAAGCACUUGUUUUGGUAUCUUUGAUUCCUUUUUUUAAAAUUCAGUGUGUGUGUUUGUUUUAUCCUGAGGUGAGAGAGAGACAGAGAAAGAGAGAGAGAAAGAUGGCAUUACAUCCUGUCACUAUGUCUGGGGAGUCUUGAAACGUGUAGAUUUUUUCAUGUAUAUAUUUAAAUGUUAAAGCAAAUACGUCCACAUGCACACACACACACUCUUUUUGACACAAACUGGACGUGGGAUUUCAUGGCCAGUACAAAAUAUAUAUAUACAUGUGUAUAUAUAUAGUCACAAACAGACUCUUUGAAGGCGUGAACCACAGAACUGUUAAACACAGCAAUAUUGUUUCUCUCUCUUUCUCUCUUCCUCAAGCUUUUGACGUUGUGAUCGGUGCUGGUUUGGCAUUUCUCACCCAGGUCAGCGAGUGAGUUGCAUGCUGGCGCAUGCAUAUUUUUCUGGUGCAGGAAAAAAAACACUCUUUGUGUUUACGACCGUCAUUUUAUAUGGUGCUCACCCAGUCUCUUGACCCAAACACACAUAACCCAACAGUUAUAACCUGUUUGCCUAUAACCUUUGCUCUCUUAUGAUUUCUUAUGAUUAUUGAUCAUUGUAUGAGGAAUCGUAUAUAUAUAUAUAGACCUACACAAGUAUAUCUAUACAUCUCCUCGAAAUUAACCCCACAUCCCCCAUAAAAGACAUGCACCCUAAUACUACUGUACCAUACAAAGUACAAUAUUAUAUUAUAUAUUAAAUAUUAAACUAUUCUCUCACUAGAUAUAUGUGUGUACAUGAGUAUAUGCUUGAAUAUGUGACUAUAGAUGUAAUUUGCAUAACUUGAAUAUAUAAAUGUAGUAUCUUUCCGAUAAAAAAGACAGAUCUGAUUUCUUAUCAGUUUUCUCAGGUGUCUGGGAUGACUAUAAAAAAAAACACGCCAUGCUGAUCAGCAAAACUGGCUUUUUUGCUUGAUUGUUGUCCAAUUUUUUUGGAGCCAGCUAAUGGUGGCUGUAUAAUUCCACAGAAAUGAAUAGUGCACUACCAACUCUUUUUGGAGGAUGAUUCUGUUAUAUAAAAAUGGAAAGGAAAAAAAAAAAACAGUGCUGGAUAUAUAACUUUAUUACAUUAAUGAUAGGAAUUAAAUGUCUUUUCCUUUUGAACCUUGUUGUUCUAUUAUUACGAUUGCUUGCAAUAUCAUUGCUGUUGUUAUGAUUAUAAUUCUCACGUUUCUUUUCAUUGUUUACUUGCAACUACUUCUUACUUUUCAAAGGAAAUGUAUUGCUCUCUUACCUCCCUUGUAACUGCAAGACCAUCUUGAAUUACUCAGUCGAGCCCGUUCACUGUUGGAACCAUCCACCGAGACUGUGCAAGGCCUCAAGUGCAAUGGGGGGUCCGUAAUCUUGUCCUUGUGUGUAUGAAUUUGAUAUAACCUGAAACAAAUAGUAGACUGACUGUUCCUUUCUCUUGACAGAACUUCUUCUACCACUUUUGACUCUUUUUGAUGCCAUGUCAAAACGUACAGUUUGUUAAAAAGAAGCUUAAAGCAAGUGAAGGUUGAAACCUUAAAGAGCUUAAAAACUUUUGACAGUGCUAUUUUUCUAUGUAACUGUGUGCACAUACACUUUCAUGGGCAUUGGUAGCCCGUCGUCACUUUUGCGGUGACGGCGCGCUGCUAAAUGUUAUUGCGGGUAUUGUAUUCAUCAUUUUAUCCUUUUCCACGUGUGGAUUAUGAACAGCUCCCUGUUUGUGACUGUUAUGAACUAUGAAUCCCAUGAGUGCACCAAUACCAAACAUCACUUGGUAAUGUCUACUGCUCCUGCCUAUAGGGAUGCUGGGAAAUGUGGUCUGGCUUUUUUUUUUUUUUUUCCUAAAACACCAAUAAAUAAUUAGCCCUAUUCACUGACAA